AUGGAUGAGAGAGAUUUUAGAGAAGGUAUGUCAGUUCCCAGUCGGUAUUCGGUAUUAAAACUUUAUCACCAUGGGUGACAGUCAGCAGGAAAUUAAACGGAGGAGUAUAUAUGCGGCAGGUGUGUCGCUCGUCAGACGUUCGAAACUAUAUAGUAAUAUCACAGUUUGGAACGUUGCCAUAUCACAUUCGAAUCAUAUAGGUAUAAUAGCUGUUCUUUCUUACCUUUAUCUUUAUGUUGCCCUCUUCCAAAUUGGUGAAAAUUCGAAAUUGUUUCGUAUUUUGCUAUUUUGUUCAAUUAUUCAUGUAGCCAUUUAAACAGUGUCCUCGGUUGCUCCGUUGCUGAACAGUUAACCGUAAGAGGAGGUAAUCUGAAUUGAGUUUACUGACAUUCCCUUUUAAUUUAAUUCAAGUUCACAAUUUGAAUUUAAGUUCAAUUAUAGCCCCCCUUGUGUCGUGCUGCUCCGGAUGAACUGCGGAGUACUGAUAGUUGAAACUCAUUCCAAAAGUCCUAAUUAUUUGAGCAUGCAUUCUCUUGUCCUGGUCAUUCGACUUAAUAACGGCUGAUCAAUAUUUUCCUUCUCAAAUCAUUAAAACUCAAAUUUAAAUUACCCUUGAUAUAGAAGUUACAUAAUAUAUUUAUAUUGGCAUGGGAUGUUCUUCCGAUGUGAGGCGUCUGUAUUCGCAGGCUAUUUGAGAACAUGAGAAUAUAGUUAUAUCGCAGGACAAUCAAAACCACACAUGCACUGAUAGAUUUUAUCGGAAACUCAAACUACUUGAACACUGGUCAGGGCCGUACGCAGGAUUUUUUCACCAGGGGGGGGGCAGUAUAUAAGGCCUAUAUGCCGAAAAAAGUCCCAAAUAUCCAAAGAAUAAUAAUAAUGACAUUCUAAAAAUCGUAAAUAUAGUUUUCUAUGGGGGCAUCUGCCCCCUUGCCUCCACGCUGUGUACGGCGUCGGCCCUGACACUGAUGUAUGCAGUUCUCCGGCUUUCCAAAACUGAAAAAAUGAUUCAACCCCCCGCAGAGAGACGCACAGCCUCCUCUGGCUUUUCAUUUAUCAGUAAUAUUGAGAUAUAAAGUUUUGUGACAUUUAUCGACUAUACCAUGAUGCAUGCAUGCCGUGCCACUCAGUGUACGGCAGAAAUAGAAAUCUUUUAAACUUAGUUUGUCAUUUACUUCAUGCAGUAGUAGACAAUAGUUAACGAUCUGAUCGAUAAAGAUAGAAAAACACAUGUAGUUAACAAAAUAGUCGUUAAUUAUUGAACACUACCUACAAUGGAUCGGAACCCCGUGCCGAUUUAUAUGAGAUAUAGAGGUUUUAUUCUGCAGGUUGUGAAUUUGUGUUUGGUUCAUGGACGUGGCGAAGUGGCUGGACAUGGGACACUAACGAUGACCCCCUGCCUAUCCUUAGUAUUCAAUCAUAUGGUCUGACUACAGCAAUAAAUGCUUCGAGUUUAUUCACCAAGUGUGGUUUAACCUCAGUUGAUAAAUACAGUGAAGAAGGAGUAUGGGAAGCUUUGGAUCCAGUUUUCUACCAAGGACCGAAUGUUGUGUUUUUUAAGUUACAAGGAAUGUGGCACUUAACUUGG